GUGUUUCAAAAGGUGAACAUGAUGGUUAUAUAUAAUUAAUUGUAUGACAAGGGUAUCUGAACCACCAAUUCGAUGUGAAUUUGAACAGUCUUUUGUAUGAUCAAUGGAGUGUCUUUAACGCAAAUCACCAUGACAUUCUGCUGGAGAAUACAGAUGAAAUAUUAGGAGAUAGACAGUCCUGAAGUCAUUCCAUGUUAUACAUAACAACUACACAAUGUGUUUCGGACAAUAACAUGGAAUUUACUAAUUGAGAGAAAAAAUAUCAGAAUGGCUUGGCACAAACAAAAACAGUACGACCCUACAGAUGCAUUCAUUCAGAAUGAACGGCACCAAAAAGUUCUCGACCUGAAAUUACAGAAAAUUGACAAGCUUUGGUACAACCAACUUAGAUUACUUUCACGUGAUCGCCUUCAAUUAACCUCGGAUUUAUUGCGCUUGGAAGAUGAAAAAGGUCAACUAGAAUAUUACGAUGAAAACAUGGAAGUUCACAAACUGAAGAAAUACACAGAUGGGUGCAUGCUACACAUGAAACAGCUGAAAAGAGAACUAACUCAUGACAAUUUCAAUUUUGAAACCACAGGUGCUAUUCAUAUGAAAAGAACUAUACAAUCCAUGAAUUUACCGAGACUAGAUGGUGGCUGUAUUGUAACUCAGUCAAAUAGACAUAAUAAAAAACCAAAGAAACCUGAAAAAAGUCAGUUGAGAAAAAGGCGAAAGUCGAAUUUGAUGAAAUCAAAGAUAUUCAGCAUAUCAGAUUCUAAUCUAGACAAAGUAUCAAAAUACAAACAAGAAAAUAAUGAAAGUGACGUUUCCAAAUCGGAACUGACACGUGUAACUGAACCGAAAUUAGAUACUGAAGCAACACAAAAAACUACUUUUCCGAACAUAUCGAGUAAACUUAAAGUGAGCAGAACGAAUGAACAGCACAGGUACUUAAAAGAAAGAAUGGCCACAGCUCUUGUACUUCCAACCGUGACAGAAGUGCCUCCGCGACAAAGGAAAUUAAGCAUAUGAAAUGACAGUUUUUGCACAUAAAUAUUAUACCGAAUGUAUACCCAAAAUAACUUACCUGACACAGGCAAAAUUCUUUUUAUCUGGUUGUAAUUCAAUAGACAUAAAUGAUGGUUUGUCAUCUCAAUUCACAGCCACUGAGUAAAUUCAAUGAAAGGAGUAUGGACUUGGAAACAGUUCAAACAAUAGUUGCCUUCGAUACACCCUAUUCUGACCGCUCUAUGCUUACCCGCAAACCUUAACGGAAAAUUAUAUAACGCGUUAGUUUAAUCAGUGAACCCAAGACCAGUGAGCAAACAUACACGUAAUUUAGCAGGGAUAAGAUUAACCAGACAGAGUUAUCAUUAACGGCUUCAAUGGGUUUAGAUAGGACAACUUGCUACAACAACAUGCCAAAGUUGACAAAAAGAAACAUGCUUCCUCCUAACUUUCGCCUUUGAGAGAGCCAAGCUACAACAUUGUAAAGUGAUAUUUAUUUAAUAUUUUUGUAGAAUGUUCUGUUAAAUAUAGCGGCGGACUACAGUGCUUACUCUGUAUUGAACUCACGAACAGACUUGAUUAUUUUGCUUGGUUGCGUGUUAUGUUGUAGGGUGUUGCAAAUUUCUUAACGUUUCAAGAACAGACACAAUACUUGGUUGCGUUCUAUGGGAUCUUCUUAUAGAUUUUAUUUAUCAUAAAAGGGCAUGUUGUCUAUGAAAAGAGAUUAUUUUUCCAGACUUUUGGAGGGCACUAUAUGUUACAGAAUUAUAACAAGUCCAUUUCCUGAUAUACAGUAAUACAAAAGUAUUGGAACGCACCUGUACACUAUCUUCUAAUGUAUCACUUGUUUUGUGUUUUCUUUGAAAAUGUCUUAAGGAUUACAAAAAGGUAUAUUUUAUAUCUGUCCAACUCUUAGAACUGUUUGCUAUGAAUGACAUAUGAAAAUUGCAAGUCGCACAGUGUUUUUACAAUUAUAUUCAGUAAUAACCCGUCCUAUUUUCUUAAAGUUACAAAAUACAGAUAAUGAGCAAUGCAACUUAUGAGAAAAAAAAACUGUAGAAUGAUACCGACUUUUCAGUCGAGUAUGGUUAAGUAUCAAGAAAGAAAUAUUCUUUAUAGAUAUGACACUACAGCGCCGGUAUCGUUUUCUUUUACCAUUUUCCUCAUGUUUCUUCCAAAAUAUGUAACGAUUUUUGCUCGUUUGUAAAUUCUAUUCAUUCGCAUGCAUUCUUGAAAUAUGAUGAUGGUGUAUUUGAUUUACAUUGAAAUUUUGGUAUGCAAAAUUAAUGUACAGUAUACUAUUAACAACAUAUUUUCUGAAAGUAUGCUGGUCUCCAAAAAGUAUGUUGUGCAGUUUUUAAAGGUGGUAAAUUUUCGUUAAAACAUUCGUUAAUUAAGUGCAUGAUUAUAUUCUGACACUGCUCCAAUUUGAUCAGCUUUAGACGGCUGUUUUCGUAUUUGCAUUUCAGUAUCAUAUUAAAGGUGCUGUGUACCCAUUGUAAAAAUACAUUAUGUAUAGAAGAAAGAAUAAAAUAUAAUAAAAUC